CGUGGAGCCCGUGGAUCUCGCAGUGGAAGCGAUGAGAGAUUCACAACAGUGAAACUGGCUCUACGAACAAUCAUCCAGAAACCGUAUCGGCUGAUUUUGACAACAGUGAUUGGGGAAAUGAGCAUCAUGGCAACGCUAAUCUCACUUCUGGCAUCGCUCUAUUUUCUAUAUCUGGUAAGUUUUUUUUAUAUUUUCACUGUUUUCGCCAUUUUGUACGAUCAUCUUGAACCGAUUCGAUUCAUUCAAAUUGAACAAAAAAAACCAUUGUUCUUGUUAGGUUAAUACGGCGGUCGAUGAUUUCAACAACGACUUUUUCAACUCCGAUGGCGAUGAAAUCAUCAAAAUGUGCUUCCAAGGUGUGCUCCGGCAAAACUACACCAAUGAUCGAAUGUUUAUGGUCCCAGGUUUCCGGCAAAUGGUUAUCAACAUUCUCGGCGAAUGGUUUCCAUGGCCAACGAACCGAUGUUUCGGCAAUACAUUCAAAUACCUGUACGAGCAAUAUACCACAAACGUCAAGACCAACCUCAAAACGCAUUGCGAAAAGCGUUUGAGAAAGUUCUUCAAAAUGCGUUGCUACGAAUUGAACCACAUGUGUCUGUGUGGAGAUCUCGAGUUGGACGAAUUAUUCGAUGGUGACGACAUCAAAAAUGCCAUCAACUACACAUACAACCGGAGAGAUUCAACGCGUGGCAAUGCAAAUGCCAUACGGAAAUUGGAAAUACUGUUGGCGGAGCUGUAUUGGAUUGAAGCACCUUACAGACCAGAUGAUCCACACCCAUUUAACAUCAGAGAAUUCGUUGAACUCAAUUGGUUCCAAGCAUUGCGCAUGUUCAUUAAUUUACAGCGUGAUAUUCAUAACUUUCACCUCGCGUUUGCCAAUCUACGCCAAAGUUGGAAUCUGUUCCGAAAAUAUCCGCUCUAUGUGCAACAGCCAGAAUUUCCAGAGCCGCCUGAAAUCACCACCUUCACAGUCAUUCCGAAGUGCACAUUCCAGCGCCGACACGUGAAAAUUGAUACGGAUUCAUUGUACAACAUUUUAUUGGGCAUCAAGGCAAUGCCGCGAACAAAAGGCACUCGAGUCUUACGAAACGGCGAAUACCAACAGCGCUGGAUCUCACAGACUGAAUUCAAGGAGAGAGGAGGCUGGCGUUUGUUUUUCAACAUGGACGAAAUUAUCAAGCUGGUCAAGAAUAAAAAGGAAUUCGGCGAUUCGAUAGUUUCAGAUGGUGUGUCAGCGUCGGUGUUAUUCAAAUUGCCGAAACAGAGCAAAACUGUUGCUGAUGAAGAUGAGGCCGAAACCAAACGAAAAUAUUUCGCAGGCGAAUUCGCGUAUGCAUUGGGAAUCGAUCCAGGCAUGCGAACCUUCAUUGCGUCGGUCCGCCUCGAUCUGAAGACCGGCGAAGAGGUAAGUAUUUACAAAACGAAAAAAGGAAGAAGAAGAAGAAGAAGUAUUAAUUCACUUUUGUUGCAUUUUAUUUUUAGACCAACGAGAAGAUUUCGUUUAAACAAUACCAUCUGAAAUCGAAACAAGAUGCGCGCAACAUUAAAGCCGAACGAAUGACACGAGUCUUCACGUAUGACGAACAAGCGGACCUCAAACGUAUCGCCGCAGAGAUUGGCCAAACACCAUCGCCACGGAACAUCUCUUGGCGCCAUUACAUCGAACAUCGCCUGCGAAUGUCCCAAGAUGGUAUCGCGGCAUACAGUCAGAAAAACUAUGCACGCUUACGUUUGGACAAACACAUUGAAUGGCGUCGUGCAAUUGAUCUCAUCGGCGGUAAGCUGGUACAUUUCAAGACAGCUAUCAUCAACAUCGGAGCAGCCGAAAUUUCACCAAAUUGCCCGAUCCGAAUUAAAAAGUACGUGCGGUGUCCAGGCGUUCGCAAGCUGAUUGCAGCCUUCAAAAGACGUGGCAAUUGUGUCGUUCGGUUGGUGGAUGAAUACAUGACAUCGCAACAUUGUGCCCGAUGCUUCAAACGGUUCCCGAUAUGGACGAAGAGCAAACGAUACGAGAAGUGCAACGAUUGCCAACCAGAUGAACGUGUUGAACUUCCGAGAACCAUCUAUACGAACGUGAGCAAACGAGUGUUGCAAAUGCAACGGAAAAUCAUGCGUACAUGGGAGGAAAUGCGCGACCAAGGUGAUGCUAUUGCAGCCAUUCUAACCCAACGAAAUUCAGGACGUUUGGUGUCAAAGAAGCAACGCUUCUUCAAAACCUGGCAACCAAAUGCUGCUGUAAACGCUGGAACAGAAGACGCUGCACAAUCACGCAAGUUGCUCAAAUCACUUUGGCAUCGGGACAUAUCAGCAGCCAAACUGAUCAUGUACAAAGGUUCAUUAUCUAUUAAUAUUUCAUUUGAAAUUGAUUAAUAUUUCAUUUGUGUGCUUGUUUUCUAUUUACUUAGGUCUUUGCACGCUACUCGGUAUUCCGAUACAUCCAGCACUGCUGCGACGACCAGAUGACGACGGCGUUCCACUCAAUCCAUAAAUCAAAAUCCAGCGUUUAGCAUUAAAGUUUUUUUUUAACAAAUAUUUUCUAAUAGUUUAUUAGAGUUCUCAAGUCUUGCACUUAGUGGGCUAUUUUAAGGUUUAUAAGGUGUCUAACUUUAUUUACCGCAGUACAUGAGUGGUUUUAUAGACGUUAUUUGAUGAUCAGAAUGAGUCGUGUUCAUAUUCCGGUUUGACAAUGUCGCCGCAUUUUUUGGAUAUGACUUGUUCAAUGCAUCAUAUCACGGUUAUGAAAAACACCCUAAUGUACAUAGUAUAUAUAUAUGGCUAUCGCGCACAAUUGAUCAUUGAGUAUAGUGUGUAGUAAAAUAUAUUCGAGAGAUUGCUUCGAUCAAAAUAAAGUCGUUGUUGCAAAUCAAAAAAAAAGGAGAAGAAACAAAAAACCAAUGAUUGUGUAAUAGACACGACGGCACGCGGUAAUAAUUGAAAUUUUAUCAAUCAAAUCGCAAUACAUGACAACUUCCGAUAGCUAAACGACGAUAUUAUAUG